AUGCCGGAUGGUCGGAACUGGUUGUUCGGCCGCUGUGAAACACUAAAUAAACAGGCGGGCAAGAUGGGAGCGAAGGAGAGAGUGUCAAAAAAUGCAUGCUCAUUCAUGCGUGACAGUCGGAGAGACCAGUUCCGAUUGGCUCCACAAGCUCCGGCAAAGAUGAUGAAUGCUGAUAGAGAAGACAUUUGUUGUCAUCUCCAGCCUGAACGGCCAUUCACAGCUCGCCUCUUCGUCUCAUCUUCUCGUCAACAACCCUAG